AUGUCAAAUGGUCCUUCUAAAUCAACCUUUGACGAGCAUCGAUGGGUGAUUCACAUCCGCAAAACCCUCGAAGAAGAGCUCCAGGAAGAUGCUGAAUUUGCUGUAUCCAUCUUCAGUGUGCCCAAGCUUCUCAUGGCAAGUGAUCCUGACUCUUACGUUCCCCAACAGGUUGCGAUUGGUCCUUACCAUUAUUGGCGUCCUGAGCUAUAUGAGAUGCAAAGGUACAAGAUUGCAGCAGCAAAAAGAUUCCAAAAACGUCUGCAAAGCUGCAACUUGGAUACUCUGAUUGAUCAAUUGACCAAGUUGGAGCAAAGGGUUCGAUCAUGCUACCACAAGUUCUUGGAUUUCAACGGGGAAACACUGGUGUGGAUGAUGGCAGUUGACGCCUCCUUCUUGCUUGAGUUCCUUCAGGUUUAUGCCAUGCAGGAAGGAGCAAAGGUGCAAAGGGUUUCCAGCAGCAUGUCGCAUUUGGUGGACUAUGCUGGGAAGAAAUCAGCUCACAAUGCCAUUUUGAGAGACAUUGUGAUGCUUGAGAAUCAAAUCCCGUUAUUUGUGUUGAGAAAGAUGCUGGAGUUCAAAUUCUCAUCACUGGAAGCUGCUGAUGACAUGCUGAGCAUGAUGUUCAUAGGGCUGUUCAAAGAGAUUUCUCCCUUCAAAAUGAUGGAGGAGUAUCCAAACAUUCAGGUGUCAGAGAGCGUGCAUUUGCUAGAUUUCUUGUACGAUUUGAUAGUGCCAAAAUCAGAACAACAACCAGACACAAUCGAAGCUGAGUUGCCUUGGAAAAUCGUUUCCAACCUUCCAGGACUGAAGCUUCUGAAGCAACCUGUUGAAUAUUUCUUCUUUUCUCAAGAAAAAGGAGAAAGUGUGAGUUCAAGCAGUAAAAGUCUCAUGAACAAGCCACCCUCAGUGGAGGAAAUCACGAUUCCUUCUGUUACAGAUCUCUUGAACUGUGGUGUUCGUUUUGUAGCUACUGCUGGAAGCAUAUCAAACAUGAGUUUUGACACCAAAACGCGAACUUUUUAUCUUCCCACAAUAGGUUUGGAUGUUAACAGUGAAGUUUUCCUGAGAAACUUGGUUGCGUAUGAAGCAUCGGUUGCAUCGGGGCCGUUGGUUAUAGCCCGUUACACAGAGUUGAUGAACGGGAUUAUAGACUCGGAGGAAGAUGCAAAGAUUCUGAGAGAAAAAGGGAUAAUUAUGAACCAUUUGAAGAGUGAUAAAGAGGUGGCUAACCUGUGGAAUGGAAUGAGCAAGUCGUUGAGAUUGUCAAGGGUGGCAGAAUUGGACAAAGUGAUUGAAGAUGUUAACAAGUACUAUAACUGUAGAUUGAAGGUUAAAGUUGUGAAGUUCAUGAAGGCUUAUGUGUUUAGUUCUUGGCAGUUUUUGACAUUCCUUGCUGCCAUAUGCCUCUUGCUCUUGAUGGCUUUGCAAGCUUUUUGCUCUGUCUACACUUGCACUCGUUUUUUCCAAUCUGCACUCAAUUCCACUGAUUAA